UUGGACAGAGAAGCCGGCUCGCCGCUCGCCGGCCAGCCGCCGACACGUAUCCGCCCGGCCGCGCAUCGGCAGCGGGAUGGGCACGGCUUCGAUGCAGAAGAGCUGGCGCAAGGCGUGCGGCGCCAUCAAGGACUCCACCACCGUCAGCCUCGCCAAGGUCAACAGCGGCCGCGACCACCUCAAGGAUCUCGACGUCGCCGUCGUCAAGGCCACCAGCCACGUCGAGCGGCCGCCCAAGGACCGACACCUCGCCAUCACCUGCGCCGCGGGCGUCGUCGCCGUCGCUGCAGAGAUCGUCAGCGCCCGGUCGCGCACGGAGGUCUCCCACUGCGUCCACGCGCUCGCCAGGCGCCUCUCCAACACCAGCAACUGGGUGGUGGCUCUGAAGGCGCUGGUGGUGAUCCACAGGGCGCUGCGGGAGGGCGACGGCGGCGCGUUCAGGGAGGAGCUGCUGAGCCACGGGCGGCGCCGGGGCCACGCGCUGCAGAUGUCCAGCUUCAAGGACGACUCGGGCCACCUGGCCUGGGACUGCUCCGCGUGGGUGCGCACCUACGCGCUCUUCCUCGAGGAGCGGCUCGAGUGCUUCGCGGUGCUGCGGUACGACGUGGAGGCGGAGCGGCUCAGAGCCCCGGCGCCGGCGGCGGAGGGGCAGACGCCUCACACCAAGGCGCAGGGCAGGACGAGGGGCCUCGGCAAGGACGACCUCCUCGAGCAGCUCCCCGCUCUGCAGCAGCUGCUCUUCCGGCUCGUCGGCUGCCAGCCUGAAGGAGCGGCGUUCGGGAACUACCUCAUACAGUACGCCUUAGCUCUGGUGCUGAAGGAGAGCUUCAAGAUCUACUGCGCCGUCAACGAUGGCAUCAUCAACCUCGUGGACGUGUUCUUCGACAUGAGCAAGCUCGAUGCGAUCAAAGCCCAGGACAUCUACAGAAGAACAGGAACUCUGCCACCGGCGUCGUUUCUUGUGACGAUGGAAGAGUACAUCAGAGAAGCUCCCAGAGCUGGCCACGUUGCAAAUAAGACCAUUGAAUAUCGGCAGCUGGAUCCUACUGCAGACCAAGAAGAACAGCCACCGCCUGAACCGCCGCGCGAGGCCACGACCAAAGAACCUGCAGUGGAGGAACCGAUGCCGGAGCCCGAAGAGGAACCCCACUCUGCACCUGAGCUCAACGAUGAACCGCAACCUACCACCACCACUGACGAUUUCGAUUUACUGGGUUUACAUGAGGUGAGCUCUGCUGCCGCUGAGCUCGAGGAGAGCAACGCACUGGCCCUGGCCAUUGUAGCGCCAGGUGGUAGCAGCGACGCGUCUGCGUCUGCUGCCGUUGACAUGGCUGGAUCUUCGGGCUGGGAGCUGGCGUUGGUCGCGGCACGGACCGACAUCAGCAACCGAUCGACAGAGAUGAAACUGGCCGGGGGCUUCGACGGCCUGCUGCUCGACAGCUUGUACGAGGACGCGGCGAGGAGGCAGCAGCCGCAGGCCACCUACGCGGACCCCGCCGGGGACCCGUUCGCCGCCUCGACGAGCGUCGCGCCGCCGACCGACGUGCAGAUGUCGAUGAUGGCGCAACAGCAGCAGGAGAUGUUUGGGAUGCCGCUGCCGUUUCAGCAUGCCGGUGCCGGUGCUUCUGGGUCUCAGGCCAAUCCGUUCGGUGACGCGUACUCUGCUAUGUUACCCCAGGGGCAGGGGCAGGGGCAGGGCACGCCCUUCCAUGGCCACGGGAGCGGCAGCUUGAUCUGA